CAGAAGAUGGCGGCUUCCUGGGCGGCAUGAAAAGAUGUAGUUAGACAUUUCUACAGUGAAAGGCGCACCCAGGGUUGAAUUCGUUCUCCGAGUCCUCCCUCGUGAUUUUUAAAUUAAGUUAACGAAUCGGAACGAAAAAGUGGACAUGGCUUCUUCAGGCACCUCGGUUCUGCAGCCGCGCUGGAAGAGGGUUUUGGGCUGGUCUGGCCCGGUUCCUCGCCCGAGACAUGGACACCGAGCUGUGGCCAUUAAAGAACUGAUGGUGGUGUUUGGCGGAGGAAACGAAGGCAUUGUGGAUGAGCUACACGUUUACAACACAGCCACCAACCAGUGGUUUAUUCCCGCUGUCCGGGGCGACAUUCCUCCCGGCUGUGCUGCAUAUGGAUUUGUGUGUGACGGCACCAGACUCCUUGUGUUCGGGGGCAUGGUUGAGUACGGGAAGUACAGCAAUGAUCUGUAUGAACUACAAGCUAGUAGAUGGGAGUGGAAACGAUUGAAGCCCAAAACCCCUAAGAAUGGCCCGCCACCGUGCCCUCGUCUCGGCCACAGCUUUUCUCUAGUUGGAAACAAAUGUUACUUGUUUGGUGGAUUGGCAAAUGACAGCGAAGAUCCCAAAAACAAUAUCCCAAGAUACCUGAAUGACCUCUACACACUGGAGCUGCGCCCGGGGUCUAAUGUAGCAGGCUGGGACAUCCCGAUUACAUACGGCGUGCUUCCUCCUCCUCGUGAGAGCCACACUGCCGUCGUAUACACAGAGAAAACCUCCAAAAAGUCUCGUCUCAUCAUCUACGGUGGCAUGAGUGGCUGCCGUCUUGGAGACCUCUGGACUUUAGACAUCGAUACCUUAACCUGGAACAAGCCUGGCAUAAGUGGUGCAGCACCUUUGCCCCGCAGUCUCCACUCAGCCACAACUAUAACCAACAAGAUGUUUGUGUUUGGUGGAUGGGUCCCUCUAGUUAUGGAUGAUGUCAAAGUAGCAACACACGAGAAGGAAUGGAAGUGCACGAAUACGUUGGCCUGCUUAAAUCUAGACUCGAUGUCUUGGGAAACAAUCUUGAUGGACACUCUUGAGGAUAAUAUCCCAAGGGCUAGAGCCGGACACUGUUCUGUGGCUAUAAACAACAGGCUGUACGUCUGGAGUGGACGAGAUGGUUACCGCAAAGCCUGGAACAACCAAGUUUGCUGCAAAGAUCUGUGGUAUUUGGAGACCGAUCGUCCUCAGCCUCCGUCCCGUGUGCAGCUGGUUCGUGCCAACACCAAUUCUCUGGAGGUGAGCUGGGGUGCCGUUCCUACUGCAGACACGUACCUGUUACAGCUGCAAAAAUACGACAUCCCUGCUGCGACUGCUGCCACGUCACCAACGGUUAACCCCAUGCCGUCUGUACCUGUAAACUCACCCAAGAGUCCGGUGCCCGCCGCCGCUGCUCCUGCAGCUCAGAGUAUGCCUCUCUCUGGGGUCACACUGGUGCCACAAGUCCCUUCCCCAACCACCGCCAUGCCAACCAGCCCGCUCGCUGCCUCUCCUCGUGGACCAGCUAUUCUUAAAGUGGCAGCGCCUCAUUCUACCCCUGGGACUUCAGUUGUUACUGUGCGUCAGGCCACACCCGGAGCAAAAUCCCCAGUUACGGUUACAUCACUUCCUGCAGGUGUUCGUAUGGUUGUUCCCGCGCAGAGCACCCAGGGCACGCCAAUCGGCAGCAGUCCUCAGAUGAGUGGCAUGGCUGCAUUAGCUGCAGCUGCAGCCGCUACACAGAAGAUCCCGCCUUCUUCCGCGACUACUGUGCUAAAUGUUCCAGCCGGAGCCACUCUUGUGAAAACCGUCGCUGUGACUCCUGGAUCCACGACUCUGCCAGCUACUGUCAAAGUAGCUUCGCCUGUUAUGGUUACUAAUCCUGCGACUCGAAUGCUAAAAACAGCUGCAGCGCAGGUCGGCACUUCCGCCAUCUCGACCCCCAACACCCCGACUCGCCCCAUCAUCACUGUGCACAAAUCAGGCACAGUAACCGUAGCUCAGCAGGCCCAGGUCGUCACCACCAUGGUUGGUGGAGUCACCAAAACUAUAACACUUGUCAAGAGCCCAAUAACAAUGGGUGGCAGUGGUGCUCUGUAUUCUCAGCUCUCCAGCCUUGGGAAAGUGAUGUCUGUUGUCCAGACUAAACCAGUACAAACAUCUGCGGUCACUGGACAGGCCGGAAGCAGCCCUGUCACUUUGAUACAGACUAAGACUCCUCUUCCUGCUGGUACCAUCCUGAAACUGGUCACAUCUGCUGAUGGCAAGCCAACCACAAUCAUUACAACUUCACAGGCUGGAGGAACCGGCACCAAACCCACCAUCCUGGGCAUCAGCAGUGUCUCUCCAACUACCACCAACAAACCAGGAACCACCAUUAUUAAGACCAUUCCCAUGUCUGCUUUACAAGGUGCAACAGGCGUGACUAGCAGCGCUGGCAUCAAGUCCCCCAUCACAAUUAUCACCACUAAGGUUGUUACUCCUGGCACAGGGACUCCAGGGAAAAUCAUCACAGCUGUGCCUAAGCUGACAGGUGCAGGACAACAGGGAGUCACACAGGUGGUCCUGAAGGGGGCGCCAGGGCAGCCCGGCACCAUCCUGCGCACUGUUCCCAUGGGUGGUGUGCGGCUGGUUUCACCAGGCACCGUGUCUGCCGACAAACCAACUGUUACCACACUGGUCGUAAAGGGCACCACAGGAGUCACGACUCUGGGUACAGUAACUGGUACUGUAUCAACUAGUGUGGCAGGAGCCAAUGUCGCUAAUGCCAGCCUGGCUACUCCUGUCACCACACUGGCCUCGAUCGCCACUUUAUCCAGCCAGGUGAUCAAUCCCACAGCCAUCACUGUAUCUGCUGCCCAGACCAACCUCGCUACCGCCACAAUACAAUCGGCAUCUCAGCCUACUCAAGUAACCCUGAUCACGACUCCAAGUGGUGCUGAAGCCCAGCCUGCACAGGAUCUCCCCGUCUCCAUCCUGGCUUCUCCCACAUCAGAGCAGCCCUCCACCACCGGUGCAGAUGCUGGCGAUGGCGCGGCUGAUGGUACCACCACCGUCACACUGGUCUGCUCCAACCCGCCUUGUGAGACCCACGAGACUGGAACAACCAACACGGCAACGACAGCUUCUGCCAAAAUAGGCACUGAACAGAUUUGCUCCAACCCUCCCUGUGAAACGCACGUCACGGGCACCACCAACACCUCAACCACCGCCUCUGCCAACAUGGGCAGGACACAGCAGGUCUGCACCAACCCGCCAUCAGAAACCCAUGAUACGGGCACCACCAACACAGCCACCACUGCCAGCUGCAAUAUGGGCUCUACAGAAAUGGGCACCGUGAACAGCAAACCAGGCUCUUCAUCGCCGCCUGCGUCCUCCUCCUCCUCUGAACCAGCGACACCCGUCUCAGAGAGUGGAGCCGAAGCAGGUGUCAUGCGUCCAGAAAACCUCCGCACGGGCACAACAUACACCUCCACCACCGCCCGCUCCAACAUGGGCUCUGACCAGACGGGAACAGUCCAAAGCUCCAAUAAGAGCCAAGCUGCCAUCUCCUCAACGCUGAUGCCAGUGUGCUCCAGCGAAUCUCCCAGCGACGCGAACACUUCUGAUGUGUCCGGUGGAGUCUGCUCAAGUCCACCCUGUGAGACAGAUGAAACGGGCACCACUAAUACACCUACACAAUCAAAUGCAGAUCUGGGAAGUGGACAGAAUGGUUCUGUGCAAGGGGUGUGUUCCAAUCCUCCUUGUGAAACACAUGAGACUGGCACCACCAACACAUCAACACAGGCUUCUUCUACUAUGGGUGCUGGACAGAGUGACACUGUGCAAAGGGUGUGUUCUAACCCUCCUUGUGAAACUCAUGAGACUGGGACCACCAACACGUCAACACAGGCUUCUUCUACUAUGGGUGCUGGACAGAGUGGCACUGUGCAAAGGGUGUGUUCCAAUCCUCCUUGUGAAACACAUGAGACUGGCACCACCAACACAUCAACACAGGCAUCAUCUUCAAUGGGUGCUGGACAGAGUGACACUGUGCAAAGGGUGUGUUCCAAUCCUCCUUGUGAAACACAUGAGACUGGCACCACCAACACGUCAACACAGGCUUCUUCUACUAUGGGUGCUGGACAGAGUGGCACUGUGCAAAGGGUGUGUUCCAAUCCUCCUUGUGAAACACAUGAGACUGGCACCACCAACACGUCAACACAGGCUUCUUCUACUAUGGGUGCUGGACAGAGUGGUGCUGUGCAAAGGGUGUGUUCUAACCCUCCUUGUGAAACUCAUGAAACGGGCACCACCAACACGCCAACACAGACCUCAUCUGGUAUUGGCGCUGGACAGAAUGGCACCGUGCAAAUGGUAUGUUCCAAUCCUCCCUGCGAAACCCAUGAGACGGGCACCACCAACACAGCCACCACUGCUACGAGCAACUUAGAAACUGGAGAAGGAGCAGCUCAGCAGGCUGGGGAUGGACAGAGUGAAAGCGCCACCAGCACAGAGCCCACAUCAUCCACAGAACCAACCAAUCCCGCGACACAAAGCAGAGCCAUCACCACGGUAACACAGGCCACGCCCACUCCAGGACCAUCAGUACCGGAGAUUUCCUCAAUGGCUGGAUCUGCAGUAGUGUCUGAGGCUCCAGGUGAAGCUGAGGCAAUGGAGCAGGCCAGUGCAGAAGCCGUGGCAGCAGGUGAAGAGCCCAUGCAGACGGAGAGUCAGGGAGAGCUGAGUGAAGAGGGAGCCGUCAGGGUCGUCGCCAUUAAUGAAAGUGCAGCAGGUGACGAGGGCACCGUGCUUCAGGUUCAUGUUGCCAUGGAGGCACAGCCGGGGCAAGGAGAUCAGGCUGAACAGAUGGAGGCCGGUGUGGAGACAGCAGAAGCCAUGAGUCUCGCGGCUCAGGACUCAGAAGCCCUCGCUCUGCCACAGGAGCUGAUGUCUGCAGAAGGACAGCAAACCACCCUGAUGGUGACCGGACUGACCCCUGAGGAGCUGGCGGUGACUGCAGCGGCUGAGGCAGCGGCACAGGCUGCAGCUACAGAAGAAGCACAGGCCCUCGCUAUCCAGGCCGUCCUGCAGGCGGCUCAGCAGGCGGUGCUCAGUGGGGAAGGAGACGCAGGUCAUGAAGGCCAGCAGGCCACCACCAUCCCUAUCGUUUUGACCCAGCAGGAACUAGCAGCACUGGUCCAGCAACAACAGCAGCUUCAGGAGGCACAGGCGGCUGCAGCACAGCAGUUAAGUGCCGAAGCUGCUGCCGCUGCUCUGCCCACUGAAGGCCUGGCACCAGCAGACAGCCUCAAUGACCCAGCUUCCGAGAGCAACGGCCACGAGAUGCCAACUGCUGUUACAGGAGCUGUAGUUCGUCUAAUUCCACGCACUUCUGCAGAGACUCUAGCCCCAUCAAGUACUUUCGCACCGUCUCAGCCAUUGGUGGUUGCCAGCCCUGCCAAGAUGCAAGCAGCCACUACUUUAGCUGAGGUGGCCAAUGGGAUCGAAUCGGCAGCAGGGAAGCAAGAAGCACCUCCAGUAGUCGUAAAGCCUCCGGUGAAGAAAGAGAAUCAGUGGUUUGACGUUGGUAUCGUUAAAGUCACAAACAUGGUCGUCACGCACUACUACGUGCCAGCAGAUGAUUCAGCAGCGACUGAUGACGAUUCUGGUGCAAUCCCAGACUACAGCCGAAUGAAGAAGAUCGAGUUGUCUCCGGGCACUGCUUACAAGUUCCGCGUGGCUGGUAUCAACGCUUGCGGCCGAGGAACUUUCUCGGAGGUCUCUGCGUUUAAGACCUGCUUACCGGGCUUCCCCGGUGCACCGUGUGCCAUCAAAAUCAGCAAGAGUCCCGAUGGUGCCCACUUGACCUGGGAGCCUCCCUCAGUCACAUCAGGGAAGAUCAUCGAGUAUUCGGUGUAUCUGGCCAUCCAGAGCUCACAGACGGUAGAGGCAAAAGCGUCCGCUCCUGCUCAGCUGGCCUUUAUGCGGGUGUACUGUGGGCCCAACCCGUCCUGCCUAGUGCAGUCGUCCAGCCUCUCCAACGCCCACAUCGACUACACCACCAAACCCGCCAUCAUCUUCCGCAUCGCCGCCCGCAAUGAGAAGGGCUACGGCCCGGCCACGCAAGUCAGGUGGCUACAAGAAACUAGUAAAGAUGGCUCUGCGGCCAAACCUGCAGCAAAGAGGCCGGUAGCAUCACCCGAUAUGAAAGGCGCUGGUCCAAAGAAGGCCAGGUCUGACCAGUGAGAGCUCACCGUGACCCAUCACCCCGCCCUCUUAAUGAGCUCAACCAUGACUGAACUCCACUUCCGGCUUUCACUUCUCACCCCAUUCCAUCAUCUGCAAUCAAACAGGAAGGAAACUGCAGCCAAAAAUAGGAAAAACGGACAAAAAAGAAAGCAAAACGUUUUCAUUUUUGAGAAUCUGCUCCCAUCACUGGACGUAUUGGUGCCAUGGACACCUAACUGUAUUUUUAGAUAAAAAAAAAAAAUCAACUGAUCCUCCUCAGAAAGCACAUACAUUUGCUUUUCCUGACAAUUUUGUGUUUAAGAGAUUCCAACGGCAGCGUUCAGUCCUAGUUAUAACUAUUAUCAGCUACUCAUUCUUGGUUUUCCCUCCCUUGAUAUUCAUUCAUUUUGAAGCUUAUUUCAAUACAAGCAAUAGAUAACAGAGAAAAUAACGUUCACUCUAUUGUCGGUUUGUUGACGCUUUCAUUAUUUGGGCAAGUCUGUACAUUUCAACCACACGCUGAAAGGAAGAGCCCGCGCUGUGAAAGCGUGGACAGCGAAUCGCAUUGAUCUACAAUGAGAAACAAAACGGACAGCACUUGGUGUGACGCUUGUGAGGGAUAAAGACUCAUUCUGAGAAUCUGUAAUUAUUAAUUCACUUCGAGUUCAGUAGCCUGUUUUUGCAUCACUGUGUGUUCAUACGUUUGCCGUGAGGGACGAUUGCUGAAGACUACACGGACAUGUAGAUGAAAAAAAAACAUACUACUUUUGCAUUGCGUUCAACUAGAUCUUGUAUAAAGAGAAACAACCCCCCCCCCCCCUCUCAAAAAUAGUAAAUGUUGAUACAGGAGUUCUUUGUGUGUGGUUUAUUUUUGUAUUUGUUUUUUUAAUUUUAAGAAAAGUUCCUUCAUUAUCCUGUACGUGUGCUUCAGGGCACGGUUUUAAAGCUCACACUUGGUUAUCAGCUCAUCUCUGUAGUCUCCAAGCUUGAGGAUUUGACGGUUUGUCUUAAGAGCCAGUGUUUUCACAUCCCCUGUUCACCUUUCUUUUGGGAUUUGUAAUGUAAAAUGUAUGUAUUUGUUCUGAACAAUGAUCCAUCUUCCCCUUUUCACUCCUAAUAUUUUAUUCUUUAACAUUUAUGCAUAAAAAUAUAUAUUUUUAUUUUCUCCCUUGUCUCACUAGUCAAUAUUUCCUGUACAUUUACUUUUUUCCCUGUUUCUUUUAUACGCUUGGUUUUGUGAGUUGCAAGAUAUGAUUUGGGAUUCUUCUCAAGCUGUGCAGCAAAACGUUUGAACCCUUUUCAUCCUGUUUGGACUUUCGGGAAUGAGGUUUAAGGAUGCAGGCCUGUGUAAAUGCUCUCAAUUGGUGGAAGUUAUGGAGAGAUUUUGAUAGUUGUCUUUAUUUUUGUUUUAUUUUUUUGAAUGGAAGUUGGAAACCGUUUGUUUCUAGUGGAUGGAAAAAUGGAUGGAUUGUUGGCUUAGCCAGAGUUUGAAGUCAGUUGUAAAUUAGUUCUUUCACGUAGCAAGACGUAAAAAAUGAAAAACUUUGCCUUUUUUAUAUAAUUAUCUGUAACAAAAUGUUUUUACAUGUUGUCAUCUAUUGAUUGCUUUUGUGUCUUGACAUAUAAAAGUAAUGGAAUUCUG